GAAAAACAUGUGUAGGCCGUGAAUAAGUAACAGAUAUGGGUUCCAUUGUCCAAAGGGCGUCCCAGUCACGUGGUAUAUGUUAUAGAACGGUUACGCAAGCAGACUGACUGACUACGCAGACAAAAGUCUCACGAAAUUAGCGCGUAAUUUUCACUGUUUCUGUCACAAAGUGACGUCAAGAUGGGCGUGGAACAAAUCUACAAGACUUACACUGAACACCCAGACCCAGUGAAGGCAGUCAUAAAAGGUAAUUUUCCCAAAUGGCUGUCCGGAGGUUUGGUGCGGAACGGACCGGGUAUGUUCGACAUUGGGGAGGACAAGAUCAGCCACUGGUUCGACGGGCUCGGCCUCAUGCACCGCUUCAACUUCAAGGACGGGGAGGUGACGUACCGCUCCAAAUACCUGCGAGGCGAAACGUAUGAGCGGUGUAUGAAGGAGAACAGGAUAGCCUUCACUGGCUUCGGGUCCGUUCACUACCCAGAUCCGUGCAAGAAUAUCUUCAGGCGGUUUCUGUCCUACUUCCGGAUGGAAGAACCCACUGACAACUGCAACGUCAACUUCAUCAACAUCGGGGACGACUACUUUGUCUGUACGGAGACAAAGAUGAUGAGAAAAAUCGACAUAGAGACCCUGGACACCAAGGAAAAGGUCGACGUGUCAAACUACGUCACAGUCCAAGUAUCCACAGCGCACCCCCACUACGGGCUGGAGGACGGCGCGACCUUCAACAUGGGCUCUCAGUACGGCAAGGAGACUUCUUACAACAUCAUCAAAGUUCCUCGUCCUGACAAAGGCCAGAAGGACAGUAUGGAGAAAGCUGAUAUUCUCUACAAAAUCCCGGCCACGUACCCCAGAUCACCGUCCUACUACCACAGCUUUGGCAUCACGGACAACUACAUCGUCUUCGUGGAACAGCCGCUAACCAUGAAUCUCCUGCGGCUUUUCACCGCAAGGAUCCGUGGGGUCGGCAUGAACACCUGCUUUGACUUCUCCUCAACUACUCCAGUCCGUUUUCAUCUUGUUAACCGUGAGACUGCGGAGCACGUCUCCACCAAAUACAUGGCGGACUCGUUCUUCGUGUUUCACCACAUCAACGCCUACGAGGAUGACGGCAACGUCGUUGUUGACCUUUGCGCCUAUACCGAUGACACCAUCAUGAACAGCCUGUACAUGGUCGACCUCAGGAAGUCCGGUGAGGAGGGCGCCAAGAGGUGGCGGGAAAAGAGUCCAGACGUGUUUCCAAGGAGAUACGUGUUUCCCAUCAAUGUUACUGAGGACACACCCAAGGGAGAGAACCUGGUGAAGCUGGCCUACACCAACGCCACUGCAGUACUGCAGGAGGACGGUAGUGUGCACUGCGUCUACGACGACCUGGUCAGCACUGGAGACGUUCCUGGAUAUGAAGCCCCCAGUGUUAACUACUGGAAGUACAGCGGCAGGAAGUACCAGUUUGCCUACGGACUGUGCGUCCAUGACAGGGGGACAGUCAUGAACAAGCUGGUUAAGCUUGACGUGAUGAAUAAGAAGUCGGCAGGGUUCUGGCACGAGAAGGACAUGUACCCGUCCGAACCCAUCUUCAUCGCUUCUCCCGACUCCAAAUCGGAGGACGACGGUGUGAUCGUGUCUGCCGUGACCAGCGUCCUUCCCGAAAAACCCGGCUUCCUGCUGGUCAUAGACGCCAAGACCUUCACCGAGGUCGCCCGGGCCGAGGUCCCCAUCGAUGUGCCCUGGGGCAUCCACGGAACCUACGCACCCCCACAGAACAAGGCAUAAGCCAGGAACAGCCUUUUUACCAUCGAGAUAGUGCCGAUAUUUCACAGUGCAAGAUUGUGUUUGAGAAUGAACGACAGACAUUGAUAUUGAAAUAUAAUCUUGCAUAAGCCAGGAACAGCCUUUUUCCAUUGUGAUACAAUGGAGAUUUCACAGUACACUCUUCAAGAUUGUGUUUGAGAUUAAACGAUGGCCAGAUAUCUUAUGAAAGUUCUAUUACUUCACAAACCUUGCCAUCCUUUACAGGCUUGUAUGAUCAUAACAUAUUUGAGUAUAGCUAGAUUUGUAAAUUAACCUGAAAAAAUACAAUUUAGUGAAACAAAGAAGCAAGAAACAAAAUUUAAGAUUACGAAAGAAAAAAUAUCAAGUCAGAGUUUUAAUCAGGGCUUAUCGAUUGCAAAGCCACAACAUAGAGUAAAAACAUGUCUGAACAUGAUUGUAUAAAGUGUAAUUAAAGAAACUUUGUAAAACAUAAUGACAUAUCAUAAAACAAAACAUAAGUCAU